AUGGCGGAGAUGAGUGAGUCGCUGCUGUCGGUCGACGGCCUCGGCGCUCACAAGGACGGCCGUGGUUUUCCUUCGCGCCUCGGGAACGAGCGAGAAGGCGAGAUUCAUGACUACAUCUCCCAGAAGGCCCAGCGGAAGACACACGUUGGGGUCAACACAACUGUGGGAAGGGAUUCACUUUUCACUCACUCAUCUGACCUGCAUGCAUACCAGCGAGUUCACACUGAUAAGAUGUCGUUCACCUGCGCUGAUUGUUGGAACGGAUUCACUUGGUCAUCCAGCCUACUGACACUCCAGCAAGUUCACACUGGUGAGAAGCCGUUCACCUGUUCAGACUGUGGGAAGGGAUUCACUUGGUCAUCCAGCCGACUGACACACCAGCAAGUUCACACUGGUGAGAAGCCGUUCACCUGCUCAGACUGUGGGAAGGCAUAUACUCGGUCAUCGCAAGUGAUGGUACAUCAGCGAAUUCACACUGGGGAGAGCCCAUUUUCCUGCUCUGAAUGUGGGAAGAGAUUCAUACAUUUAUCUGACCUACAGGUGCACCAGCGAGUCCACACUGGGGAGAGGCCGUUCACCUGCUCAGUCUGUGGGAAAGGGUUUAUUCGGUCAUAUCAACUGAAGGUGCAUCAGCGAGUCCACUCUGGGGAGGGACCGUUCACCUGCUCUGAAUGUGGGAGGAGAUUUAUUCAUUUAUCUGACCUGCAGGUGCACCAGCGAGUCCACACUGGAGAGAGGCCGUUCACCUGCUCAGACUGUGGGAAGCCCUUUACUCGGUCAGUUGAACUGAAGACACAUCAGCGAAUUCACACCGGGGAGAGGCUGUUCUUCUGCUCAGACUGUGGGAAAGAGUUCAUUCGGUCAUAUCAACUGAAGGUGCAUCAACGAGUUCACACUGGAGAGAGGCUGUUUACCUGCUCAGACUGUGGAAGGGGAUUUACUCAGUCAUCUCAGCUGAUGAUACAUCAGCGUAUUCACACUGGGGAGAGGCCGUACGCCUGUUCUGAAUGUGGAAAGAGAUUCAAUCAGUCAUUCGACUUACGGACAGACCGACGAGUCCACACUGGAGAGAGGCCAUUCUCCUGCUCCCAAUGUGGGAAGAGUCAUCCCACCUUGUGA